UAACCCCUUUCCACCAUGGCCGAGGAUGCUGGAGCUAGUGGUUCAAAUAACGAUGGUGGCGGCAGUAGCAGCAACAUCAUCAAGGAACAAGACAGGCUACUCCCCAUAGCCAACGUCGGUCGGAUAAUGAAACAAAUCCUGCCACCAAAUGCCAAAAUAUCGAAAGAGGCCAAAGAAACCAUGCAGGAAUGCGUCUCCGAGUUCAUUAGCUUCGUCACCGGCGAAGCAUCCGACAAGUGCAAAACAGAACGGCGCAAGACUGUCAACGGUGACGAUGUUUGCUGGGCUCUGGCGACGCUUGGCUUCGACGACUACGCGGAGCCACUGAAAAGGUAUCUGUUUAAAUAUCGAGAGUUCGAAGGAGAUAAAGUAGCAGCAAAUCAAGGCCAGGGCAUUGUUGAUCACGACAACAACAUUGAAGACUCCAAUCUGGAUAGGUAUUAAU